ACCCACAGGAGUACAGGCGGAUCCUCGAGGAAAUGGACCGAAGGCAGGAGAAGCGGUAUCUCAUUGACUGUGAAGUGGACAGGAUCAACAUCAUCUUAGAGCAGGUCGUGACCCUGGGCAAGAACAGCCGAGGCUACCAUUACAUCCUAGCCAAUCUGGGCUUCUCCAAUGUGAGCCUGGACAAAGUGUAUGUCGGUGGCGCAAACAUAAGUGGCUUUCAAAUAAUCAAUCCUGAAAACCCUGUCGUGCAGCAGUUCCUUCAGCGCUGGGACCGGUUAGAUGAAAGAGAAUUCCCAGAGGCAAGGAACACACCUCUGAAGUACACCUCUGCAUUGUCCUACGAUGCCAUCCUGGUGAUAGCGGAGGCGUUCCGGUACCUACGGCGCCAGCGCGUGGAUGUCUCAAGGCGGGGCAGUGCUGGAGAUUGCCUGGCCAAUCCGGCAGUUCCCUGGAGUCAAGGCAUCGACAUCGAGAGGGCUCUCAAAAUGGUCCAAGUGCAAGGGAUGACUGGCAAUAUCCAGUUUGACAGUUUCGGCCGCAGAUCAAACUACACUAUCGACGUUUAUGAGAUGAAAGCAGGCGGGCCAAGAAAGAUCGGCUACUGGAACGAGUUUGAGCGCUUUGUAAAUAUAAUGGAUCUGCCAUACAGCAACGAUUCAUCCUCAGUGGAAAACCGAACAAUUGUGGUCACUACUAUUAUGGAAGCGCCGUAUGUGAUGUACAAGAAAAACCAUAUGCAUCUGGAAGGCAAUGAGAAGUAUGAAGGCUACUGUGUCGAUUUAGCUUCCGAGAUAGCCAAACACGUUGGGAUUAAGUACAGACUGUCUAUAGUCAUGGACGGCAAGUAUGGCGCCCGUGACCCAGAGACCAAGACAUGGAACGGGAUGGUGGGUGAACUAGUAUAUGGGAGAGCGGACAUAGCGGUCGCACCACUGACUAUAACGCUGGUUCGAGAAGAAGUGAUCGAUUUUUCGAAGCCCUUCAUGAGCUUGGGCAUUUCUAUUAUGAUCAAGAAACCUCAGAAGUCCAAGCCAGGCGUGUUCUCCUUCUUGGACCCUCUGGCGUAUGAGAUCUGGAUGUGCAUUGUGUUCGCUUACAUCGGCGUGAGCGUGGUGCUGUUCCUCGUGAGCCGCUUCAGUCCGUACGAGUGGCAUCUGGACGAGACAGAUGAAGCCAAAGACCCCCAGACUCCUCCUGACCCGCCUAAUGACUUUGGGAUUUUUAACAGCCUGUGGUUCUCUCUGGGGGCAUUCAUGCAGCAGGGCUGUGAUAUCUCACCAAGGUCCUUAUCGGGCAGAAUAGUGGGAGGUGUCUGGUGGUUCUUCACCCUCAUCAUCAUCUCGUCCUAUACUGCUAACCUGGCUGCCUUCCUCACAGUCGAGAGAAUGGUCUCGCCCAUUGAGAGCGCAGAAGAUCUAGCCAAACAAACAGAGAUUGCCUAUGGAACGCUGGACUCAGGUUCUACCAAAGAGUUCUUUAGGCGCUCGAAAAUAGCCGUGUAUGAAAAAAUGUGGUCAUACAUGAAAUCUGCCGAGCCAUCUGUUUUUGCCAAGACCACGCCGGAUGGGGUGGCCCGGGUGCGAAAAUCGAAGGGCAAGUUUGCCUUUCUGCUGGAGUCCACCAUGAAUGAAUACAUCGAGCAGAGGAAGCCGUGCGACACCAUGAAAGUUGGAGGAAAUCUCGACUCUAAAGGCUAUGGUGUGGCGACCCCCAAGGGCUCAGCAUUAAGAACUCCUGUAAACCUUGCAGUAUUGAAACUCAGUGAACAAGGCAUCUUAGCCAAGCUGAAAAACAAAUGGUGGUACGAUAAGGGUGAAUGUGGGACCAAGGACUCUGGAAGUAAGGACAAGACAAGUGCUCUGAGUCUAAGCAAUGUAGCUGGAGUCUUCUAUAUUCUGGUUGGUGGUCUGGGGCUGGCCAUGAUGGUGGCUUUAAUAGAAUUCUGUUACAAGUCACGUGCUGAAGCUAAAAAGCUGAAACUUGAAAAAACCGCCCAAAACUUUAAGCCUGCCCCGCCACCCAACACUCAGAACUUUGCAACAUACCGAGAAGGCUACAAUGUGUAUGGGACAGAGAGUGUUAAGAUCUAGAGCAGACGCAGGCCCUGCGAACGUCUGUGUCAGCAUUGAUGAUUGUGACAAGAAACCCUUAAAAAAAAAAAAAAGAA